AUGUCGUUUGCAACUAAUUGUACUGAUUGUCCUUUGAUUUGUUGCAUAGAUCGGUUAUGUGCUCUUGUUACUGUCGUUUGUAUUUUAACCCGCUCCCAUUUAAAAUAUACCGUGCAUGCAUGUUUCAUAUCUGCUGCUCUCAUUAUUAUCUUUCUUACAGUCCAGCGUAACUUACAAUGGACUGCCAGUGAGCCAGUCCUCAGAUUUUGGAGUCAGGAUCUGUCAGAUAUGGAUAACUUCAAGACCUCUGUGCUGCGCCCAUUCAUGGUACAGAGAGUGCCUGGAACUGACGGAAACAGAGCUGUGCAAAAUCACAUCAAAUCAUUUCUGAAAUCCUGGCGAGUCGAGGAAGACACGUUUGUGGACAGCACACCUUAUGGGAAGAAAAAGUUCACCAAUAUCAUUGCCACCUUGGAUCCCUCAAAGCCAAAUAAAAUUGUAUUGGCUUGUCACUACGACUCCAAAAAUUUCUCAAAUUAUUUAUUUAUUGGCGCUACUGACUCAGCCGUUCCGUGUGGGAUUUUGCUGCAGACAAGCAAGCAGUUGCAGUGCUUUCUGGAAAAGAGUCGUCCAAAUGAUUUGACACUACAGCUGAUAUUCUUCGACGGAGAGGAAGCCUUCGUAGAGUGGACAGGAACUGAUUCCCUCUACGGCUCACGCCACCUGGCUGCCCGUUGGUCAUCGGAAAGUGAUCCCGUUUUUAACAAUAUGACCCGACUCGAUGCCAUUCGAGAAUUUAUCCUUCUUGAUUUGAUAGGAACAUCUGAUACAACCAUCCCCCAGCAGUUUAAAAGCACUUCGGAGAUCUAUCAGGUUUUAGUUAACACGGAGCGGCUUCUGAGAACGAAAGGUUACCUAACAGGCAACCAUACAGGCCCUAUCUUCAGUGGUAACGAAAAUUAUGGUGGCAUCGAAGAUGAUCACGUGCCAUUUCUACAGAGAGGUGUGGACAUAGUUCACCUAAUAUCCUCCCCGUAUCCCAGUGUCUGGCACGAUCCAACUGACGACUGGGCUCACUUGGACUUCGACUUGAUCGAUGACUUCUGUCGGAUUUUUCGAGUAUUUAUCGCUACCUUGAUGCAGAUACAGCCAGAUACUACUAGCUGCAGUACAAAGUAA